AUGGAUGCCACAACUGGAUUUCUCAUGGACUACAGCUUAAAUCGAGUUGCUAAAUAUCUUCGUCUCUUGGGCUACAAUGCAGUCUGUGAUCGACAGAUACGACAGAGUGAGCUCUUGGAAAGAGCUGUACGUGAUAACUUGGCGUUAGUUACAUCUAGCCCAAUGUUAGUGGCUCAGGUGAACGCACACAACAGAGCUGUAAGAAGUCGUGAGACUGCCUCUUCCAUGAGACAACGGAAGGUUAUUGCCUAUGAUUCAGAUGGUGAAUCAAUUUAUUCAGAUAGCGACUGGGAUGUAAGUGAAGUGAUGCUUUACCAGUUACCGCAUCAUGUAUCAAAGGAUUUUUUCUCUGUCAUGGCUAACUUAAUACGAAGUGCAGGUCUUUGCUAUGAUUUUGAGCGUGUUUUUUCCCGUUGCGUUACGUGUAACGAAGUUCUUUUGCCUAUUCCGAAAGAAACUAUCAAAAAUGAUGUUCAUGCGAAAGUUUAUGAGGUUUACGAAGCUUUUACACGUUGCCCUAAAUGUCACAAGGUUUUCUGGGGUGUAGACGGUACAACUGUUGUGAAUUACACGUCAUUUCGUACACUUGAAUUACUUCAACGUUUAUGUCGUCUUGCAGAUGUUCCAGCGUUUACCCCAGGAAAUCUUUCUUCACUCUCUUACUUUCGCUCAUUUCCAAGGGCAGUUCAUGCUCUGGUGGCAUCUUUUCUCCCUGAUAACGAUUUGGAAAUUCUUGCUGCGUUGUUCCCCAAGUUGGGAGAGUUAUCACAGGCCCUUCAUGAACGGAUGAGGUUUCACAAGGAAUAA